AUGGAUAAAUGCAGCAGCGCCCAGGCAGAAGGAGCUAAAGAGCUUGGAGACGAGGAAGCUUCCGGUGGCUGUGGCGUGCUAUGCAGCUACUCUGUGACCAAACAAUGGUGCCACAGUUUGCCCUGCAGGAUCCCCAACAUUUUUCUGGUCCCGGGGGUGCUGGAUGCAGAGGAAGCUGCCGGCUUGGUUGCCAAGGCUGAGGAGGCAGGCUUCGAGCUGCAGACAAGCCGCGGCCCGGCCUUCGGGGAGGCCAUCAGGCAUCAUUACCGGAUUUCGUUUGAAGAUCCACAUUUUGCGGAUGCUCUCUGGAACGGAGGCCUGAACCAAACCCUGGCUGCACUGCGUGUGGGCAGACGCAGACCAACAGGCCUUAAUGAGAACAUCCGGAUCUACAAGUACUCGGGCGGAGAUGUUUUCGGACAACAUAUCGAUGGCAGCAAUCAGACGUCCAGGGGCAAGACGGAGUUCACGUUGCUGAUCUACCUUACAGGCGAGGAGCACGAACUCGUCGGUGGAGAGACCGUUUUCUAUUCUGGCGGGUCGGAGGCCUUGAGAGUCCGGCCUGUGACUGGACAAGCGCUUGUACAUCGACAUGGUUCUGAAUGCUUGCUUCACGAAUCGCUCCCUGUGACCGGUGGAGUGAAGUACGUCCUGCGGUCCGAUGUGGUGUUCUCUGAGUAG